AUGAGUUACAAGACCAACUAUGAACUCUACUCUCGAGGAAGCAUUGACAGCAGACGGUCACCACUGCCCGAUGAACUUCUUUCGCCGUUGGCAACGCUCUACCCGCAUGUCGCGGCCCUACAGCCACAGUACGACCCGAGCAGCUGCACCUUCACCGGCUACCGAGACACGGGAUAUUGGGCUGCGGCCUACACUACACAGCCUCGCGAGACUCCAUUAGCAUCUACACGACGGACCAGUGGUAAGCUCAACCUCGUUUUCUGGUGA